GCGAGCUUUGUCAGUAACAGUUGAUUGUAAUGUCAGAGCAGUCCAAUUUACAGGCUGGAGUAACAGCUGCAGCCUGCAGUUCCCUGAAGUAUUACAUGAUUUCCACUCUUCGCAAACUUUAUCAUCUUUUUAGGCAGAAAGUCUGAAAUCAAUAUGCAGACUAAACAUGCAGUCACAAGUACCCCAUUUACUUUGUGGUUUCUUCUGUUCUGCAUGCUUGUCGAGAAAUGUCAUGCUGAAGAGGACAUCAUAGUUACAACCAAGACUGGAAAAGUCAGAGGAAUGAACUUGCCAGUUCUCGGUGGCACAGUCACUGCCUUUCUUGGAAUUCCCUACGCACAGCCACCAGUGGGUAGACUUCGAUUUAAGAAGCCACAACCCCUGGACAAGUGGUCUGAAAUUUGGAACGCCACAAAAUAUGCAAAUUCUUGCCAUCAAAACAUAGAUGAAAGCUUCCCAGGUUUCCAUGGGUCAGAGAUGUGGAAUCCAAACACUGACCUCAGUGAAGAUUGUUUAUAUCUUAAUGUGUGGAUUCCAGCACCAAAGCCAAAAAAUGCUACUGUAAUGAUAUGGAUCUAUGGUGGUGGCUUUCAAACUGGGACAUCCUCUUUACACGUUUAUGAUGGAAAAUUUCUGGCUCAGGUUGAGAGAGUUAUUGUAGUUUCAAUGAAUUAUAGAGUGGGUGCCCUAGGAUUCUUAGCUUUACCAGGAAAUUCUGAAGCUUCUGGAAACAUGGGUUUAUUUGACCAACAAUUGGCUCUUCAGUGGGUCCAGAAUAACAUAGCAGCCUUUGGGGGAAAUCCUGCAAGCGUCACUCUCUUUGGAGAAAGCGCAGGAGCAGCUUCGGUUGGGCUUCAUUUGUUUUCUCCUAAAAGCCACCCUCUCUUCACCAGAGCCAUUUUGCAAAGUGGGUCACCUAGUGCAUCUUGGGCAGUAAUGUCUCCUUAUGAAGCAAAGAACAGAACAUUGAGUUUGGCUAAAUUUACUGGUUGUUUUAAAGACAAUGAGACUGAGAUGAUAAAAUGCCUUCAAAAUAAAGAUCCCCAAGAAAUUCUUCGGAAUGAACUAUUUGUUCUCCCUUACGAUACUCUCCUAUCUGUAAUUUUUGGUCCAACGGUAGAUGGUGAUUUUCUCACUGACAUGCCAGAGACUUUACUCCAGCGUGGACAAGUUAAAAAAACUCAGAUUUUGGUGGGUGUAAAUAAAGAUGAAGGCACAGCUUUUUUAGUAUACAGGGUUCCUGGUUUCAGCAAAGAUAAUAACAGUAUCAUAAAUAGAAGUCAGUUUCAACAAGGUUUAAAAAUAUGCUUUCCAGGAGCGAGUGAAUUUGGCAGGGAAUCAAUCCUUUUCCACUAUGCAGACUGGCUCGAUGACCAGAGACCCGAAAACUACCGUGAGGCUUUGGAUGAUGUUGUAGGAGAUUAUAAUUUCAUAUGCCCUUCCCUGGAGUUUGGCAAAAGGUUCUCAGAUUUAGGAAGUCCUGCUUUUUUCUAUUAUUUUGAACACCGAUCCUCUAAACUUCCUUGGCCUGAAUGGAUGGGAGUGAUGCACGGCUAUGAAAUUGAAUUUGUCUUUGGUUUACCUCUGGAAAGAAGAGUUAAUUACACAAAAGCGGAAGAAAUUUUGAGUAGAUCCAUAAUGAAAUACUGGGCAAAUUUUGCAAAAUAUGGGCACCCAAAUGGUACCCAGAGCAAUAGCUCCGGAUGGCCGGUCUUCAAAAGCAUUGAACAAAAAUAUCUUACCUUGAACACAGAAUCACCAAGAAUUUACACUAAACUACGGGCUCAACAGUGCCGAUUCUGGACACUAUUUUUUCCCAAAGUCUUGGAGAUGGCAGGUGUGUGCGUGAAAUCUUGAUGAAGUUGAACAGAAGUGGAAAGCAGGCUUCCAUCUCUGGAACAAUUACAUGACAGACUGGAAAAAUCAAUUUAAUGAUUACAUUAGCAAGAAAGAAAGCUGCGUGGAUCUCUAAUUAAUAGAUUUGCCCUUUAAAUAGCAUGUUCAUUUUUUGUAGAUGAAGAUAAAAAUAGUAUUUCUCUCUACACCUUUGAAGAAAGCUAUUAUAUAACUGUAACAAAAAUGCCAAAAGGUAAUAUUGAUUCCAUACAUCUUUCAUUUAGUAUUUCAAAAUCCAAACAGCCGGAACAUGUUGAACUAUAUUUCACAGCACAAAAUUUCACAAUUAAUUAAGGGUAUAGUAAAAUGAUGUGCUACUUCUGUUUCUUUCCUGAAUAAUUUUCAUUUUUUCCCCUAAAAUACAUGUAUUCUGUUUUUAGUCACAUCUUUAUUUUCACUACUAUUAAUAUAAAGGUAUCUUUUUAAAAUGAACUCAAUCUUGAGACACUGGUUCCUAUACUUUGUAAUAUUAUUUUCCUAAUUAUUUCAUCAAAUUAUUGUCAAUAUGUGAUAUUAAAGCAUACAAAAGAAUAA